AUGUUUAGGCCGCAGAAAGUUGCCCAGAGACAAGAAAAAAAGGAGAAAAAGGAGCUCAAAAACAUGGCGUUUAAUAUCAGCACCAUCUUGGAGAAGACCCAGGAGGAGAAAGCGACGGAGAAAGAUAAUUGUGAUGGUAAGCGGGUACAGGGAUAGAAAUAUGAGCAUUUUCAUAAGUCAAACAAAUUUCUUGCGCCUCAUUUAUACCACACCCUCAAUAUUCGUGCUGUCAUAAAUUAUUGACGCAAUACAGUCAAAUAAACUUGCCACCGUAAUAUCGCCUAUCAAUAAUUAUUAAAAAUUACGCUUUUUUACGGUAGAACUUUAAAAUAGGACCUCCCGAAACUUGUUUUAAAUGCACUCUUUUGGAAUUCAGGGAUACGAAAGCGACCGUGACGUAAGUCGUACAUAACAGUGCAUAGAAUUUAUGUCAAUUAGAAGAGAAGUAUUCAGAUGUCAAAAAAGCGGCGCGCUAUGGACAGAAAACGAUAUUUCUUACGAAGAGCGGAGCAAGAGAUAUAUUUCGCAGUAAUUUUUGGCAAAUAAAAAAAGUAAAAUCAAAGGAAAUUUUUGGGGCUGGAGGUUCCCAUAUCAGCAGAAAAUUAUGAAUUCUUGCUGAAACACACGCUAAGGUUUCUUCAAAUAUGAAAAAUUAGGUAAAAUUUUGAAGGGAGAUGCUAUUCUUUCUUGCAACAGAGAUCACAAGGACUUGUAAGCGGUCAGACGUGGGAAUUGGGCAGGGUCUUCAAAAAUGACUUUGAAAUGAUCAAAAUUUUUGUCGCUCCCCAAGUUGUGCGUACUCUCUCGGCGACAGCGACCGCUGAAUAUCUCGUCUGCGCCUGCAAAGCACGAGCUAAGAUUCUUAGGAAUUGAUAUGUGACCUAUGCCCGAUAUGUAUGCGAAAUUUAAAGUAACCCUCAUUAGGGCACUUCCUUUAUUAGCAUUGCAGAUUUUCAGCAUCUCAAGCUUAAUCUAUGCAGAAUAAAUACGCAAAAAUUCGAAGAAAAUUGAAAAUCCACCAUAGUAAACACAAUUACUGUUCGUCCCAAGAACAGUAAUUGUAAAAACCAUCGUGCCCAAAACGACGAAAAAACAUUGCUUCCGCAAAGGGCAGAUGUUUGUGCAAAGUUGUAAAUAAAUGUUUGUUUUCCCGGAAUAACACCAACUGUGACAAGUUGGGUCGUCCAAAUACCACUCUGAAGUCACGGGAAGUGGCAAAGGGGAGAACGUGCCCUGAAGGUUGAGUUUGUGACAGGAAUUUUCGAUUAGCAAAUUAUGCCGCUGGAAACAAGGAGUAAUCAAAAGAAGGUGGCGGAGGUUUUUGGGGCAAUUAAAACAAUUAAAAUCUGAUGUCAUAAAGGAUUACGGCUAAAAAUAUAUUUCUGUUUUUUUAACUGUCCUUUCGGCGGUGCUCGGGAAGGCUCCGCCGACUCCGCGCUGACAUCAAGGUGGUAUCAGUCUGUCGGGAAAAUAAUGUGGAUUCUUCGCGCAUUGGAUGAAUCUGCACCCUUUUUCGACGAGUCGAAACAUUUUGCUACGGUGACCCGCCACUGAUUUUCCAACAGACUGAUAAAGCGCCAGCAAAAAUAAGAACUCACACCAGGUCAACUCGGCAAUUUCUGACCUUUUUGAGAGACUCUUAUGAACACUUUUGCCGCUUCAAGUCCCGGACAAGAACUUUCCGAAGCGUUUUUACCGCAAAAGGGCAAAAGGAGCAAAAAAAGGUCAUAAAAUCUUCACACAGUAUAUGAAAUCAGAUUAUAGUCUCUCGGGAAAAUGACGAUCACGGAGACAUACCGCAAGUUCGAAUCCGCAAGUUCGAAUGCCUAAAGUUCGAAUGACUAAAGUUCGAACGACCUCCAGUUCGAACUACCUAAUGUUCGAAUGACCGUAACUUUGAAUAACCUAAAGUUCGAAUGACUAAAGUUCGAAAAUGAAAAAAAAGUUAAUUAAUAUUUAAAUUAUAAUUUGCAUAUAAUUAUUUUGCAAAAUACACUUCCUCUUCAAUCAUUCAUUCAUCCUCUACGAUGGAGGUUGGUUGUCCGAACACUCUGACCGACAACGAACGCGCUGUUCUUCAUGUCGACCUGAUCAAGAUUCAUCAUGGAGCCAAUCCAACUGUGCCUCUCUCGGUUUGGGUUUGUCGAACUGGAUUAGGUUUGUCGAACUGGAGGUCGUUCGAACUUUAGUCAUUCGAACUUUAGGCUUUCGAACUUGCGGAUUCGAACUUGCGGUGGGUAACCGUUUUUUGGAUACCAAAAAAAACGGCUUUGCGAGCAGAGCAGCAGUUUUUUUUUCACAAGGCAAAAAAAUCGCGUGUGAGGCAGAUUUAAACUUGGGGGUUUUCGAACUUGCGGUAGGCGUCCGGAGACCCACCGCAAGUUCGAUUCUUUUUUUUUCAUUCUGCAUUUUUUAUAUUUUCAUAUUUCGAACUUCCGGUUUUCGAUCUUUUAGUUUUUCUAAUUUGAGGUUUUUCGAACUUCUAGUAUUCGAACUUGCGGCAUUCGAACUUGCGGCAUUCGAAAUUUUGGUUGUCGAACUUGGGGUUUUUCGAACUUCCGGUAGGCGGUCGACGAUCACAAUGUCGUUGCGCCAAUCGCGUGGCUAAAGAAAAAUUUGAUUUUGCCGCGACACAACUCAUUUUCUCCAUGUGAUUUUCGUUGCGUCAAAGUGCUCAUUUUCCCGACAGAUUCAACAAGAGAAAAUUGGCUUCAAAGUGGCUGUAAAGCCUAACUUAUUUUAUUCAGACGAUGGCAGCUGGGCAAAGAAGAAACAUGAGGAAAAAAUGGCAUGGUAAGAGGGACCAAGGCAAUUCUUUUGUCAAACCAUCAAAAAAAAAUUAAUUGAAAAAUCCGCCUUGGCCCCCUUUUACCAUAUUUUUUCAGUUUUUUUCCUAGGUGCCCCCUUCGUUGUGCUCCUCUUCGGAUCUUAACCUGAUGUUUAUCAUUUUCAGACGCCUCGCCUCCGCCAAUCUCCCCCAAUCCCCUGCUUCCGCCCAUAACAAACGCCUCCGCUUUGCUUGCGAUCGCCAACGACGUCAAAUCACCUAGUCUGGCCGAACUUCACUCCCUGUUCGGCCUAAAAGGUAGGCCAAGGAAUACAUAGCGGGCAUCAAUGCAACAGAAUUAUUAAUGCAAAUUUAUAAUCAACGGCGAUUUGAUAAGCGCGGUAUAUGUGUAUGCUAACCGGAGCUAUAUAUGUAUGUAUAUCUUGGGUCCGCGCGCACAUACUAUAAACGUAUACUCGACUACGCUUUGCAAGUCUAAUAAGGAAUUGUGUCGUUUGUUUCACGGGCAAUUUGUAUUGUUAGGGUUUGGGGAAAGGUUAGAAAUCUGAUACAGAGCGUGCUGAGUAAGCGUUAUGGGGAAUUGGUAAUGAUAAACGUUGAAAACAGCAAAGAGAAUAGGUAAAUAAGUGACGCUGUUGGGAAACGUAGGCCUGUGAAAUUCAAAUGAAGGGUUUUUUCGCGUACUGUAAAUAACUUUGACUUUGAUUGAAAUUUGGCGCCCCUACUGUUAAUAAGUCACCAAAAAGUUGCGAAAAAUCAGAGCUAACGAAGCCUACACCUCUAUUGGCCAAAAUAAACGUUUAUUUAGACGCUGUUUUUGUUCGCUUUGGAUAGCCAUUAAAACACCAUGAUUAGGGUAGAUUUUGGCUCCAUUUUCAUAAGCAACUUUCGAGCUUUAUAUUUAUAUCAAAAUCUUGUAGUUUACAGCUCAUCUUUAUGUCAAAAUAUUGCAAACCAUUUUGACAAGAAAAAAGAAUUUGCGCAGUGCGAAAUGCCCAUAAAAAAUGCGAGGCGUUUUUAUUGUGCACCCGUAUCUCUUCUGCUUGUUUAUACUUUUUUUGACGUACCCCGUGCACCUCUAUUGUAGUACCAAUAACAUUCUUUUGUUCUAGAAAAAAGAUCUUCAUCAAACCUAGACCACUUAAAUUCUGAACCCUCUUUUGUAUUAACCAUACGUUCCUCAGAGCGAACGCCAGGACCCUGAGCUCAAGAUAUACAGCGAUAUUUACUUUCCUUUGUCAUUACGUCUCCUACAUUCAACAGUUAAGGAAUAUUACACAAUAAUGUUUUUAAAUUUAUAAGAAACAUACGUCUGUAAUUUGCAAAUUCCCGGACAAAAUUUUACACAAUCUUACCGUCGAACCCGAUGACUAAUAGGGCUGCGAGAAAGUGCCUGGAGAACAUGUCCUAUGGGCUAGAAUGCCACCUUUAAAUAAAAACUUUUGACAAGAUUUAAAUAAAAAAUUUUGACAAGUUUGUCAACGAAAUCGGCGAAUUAAUGACGAUUACAAAUUUCUAUGAAGUAAUUUGUAGAUUUGCGUAAUAUCGCCGAAGAAAAACUGUAAGGCUAAAUUCCACGAUUAACGUGAACCUUUGGUGACUAGGGAGGUGCCCAAAGGGAGCUAAAAACAAGCGUUGCAAAUCGUUGAAGACCCGUUGAAAAGUACUCCCACGGCGAGAUCCAACAUGGAAGCGCGACGCCCGUAUUUUGACAAACUUGGGAGCAAAUUUAGGUUGAUUUUCUCUAACAAUAAGACGUUUCCGAGAAUUUCGGAAAUCGCAGAAACGUCUGUGAUAUUCAGGUCGAAUUUUGACAAAAUUUUACAAUUUUUUGGCAUGAAAAAUCUGAUCUCUAACAAAGAUAAUAAUGGUUCAACAAAAAAUAAGUUUUUCCACCCGAAACUGGACAAAGAUAGGGCCAAAAAAGUGUAUGUAUUUAUCUCUGACCAUUCCCCAACCUUUUCUCGACUGCCAAGACGGUUUAUUACAUAUCUAGGUUACGCUUGCAAAGCGUGUCCUGAAAUUCUCAGGAAUUGAGAUGUGGCCUAUGCAUGCACAAAAUAUUAUAUUUUACCUCUAAUUUACCACGACAUUACACAACAACAACAGCUUUUUUCAGCCCAAAAACACGACUACAAACGUUGCGCUCGCGCCUCGACGAAUCGCAAGCCCCGCCAAGUCUACAGCACGACGCAAUUGCACAGACUGGAGACGGAGUUCCAGGUAUGAAUUUUGAAUGGAAUUUUUAGUGAAAGGAGUGUGAAAAGUUCAAUUUGGACAAAAAAAUUAAUUAACACGAAGGCUUGCGGGUUUUUUUAGCCGUUUGAAGCGGAACCAUUAUAUGCGCCUACAGUGCUUUGGAAUUAGCUUUGGAAUGAGUUCCUGUUUGGGAGCUAAACGAAGACGGAUUGGGCCAAAAAUAACCAUCUUUAGCGCUAAAAAUAGUGAUGCCAUGGUCGAAAGAAUAUUGUUCUGACAUUUUCUCUUCGCGUUGCAUAUUGUGUGGUCUGCAAUGAGGAAAAAAUUUAACAGCGUUGCAAGACCCAAUGAAAGAUCGUCCCAAGUUUCUAGGAAUUUGUUUGUCAUUGCUAUUGGCCAUAAUUUUUUUUCCAUCCCGGAUCUAACUUUUUUAGGUGGUAGGGAUUCUGCUCCGAGCCCGUGGCCCAGCCCUCGGUAAAGCCGCGCCGCCUAGGUCUUGUUCAAAGUUUGCCCAAGCAAUAUAAUGGAAGGUCUGAAGCUGUCUUGCACCAGCCCGGCCAGGCGUAGCUGACCAGAAAUUUUGGUGAGAGGGAGGUCGGCUGGGGUCACUAUGUAAAAACUUAAAAUUACCUUAGUCCCCCUUGCCAGUUUUUCCUUCAUUCCCGGCGUGGGAGUACCCCUUGUCCUCCCCUUCCCCCCAUUCAGUAAAACCCUUCAAUAACGAAUGAAUUCUUGUGUUCUUCGCUUCGUUUUACAGGUCUUUUUACUGUAUUCCCACUGCUAUUAUUUACAAAACUCCCUCCAUCCUCAUUACUGUCGCCCUCUUGCACCCCCUGCACAUCAAACUGAAAUAUGUGAAUGGAUUGGCACUUCGCCAAAAAAGAGAAAAAAAAACUUUUUGUCGGGGAAGAAAUGGGGAAUUUUUGGGGCCUGAGAGUACGUUUUUCUCGUCUUUCUCUGCCUUCUCUGUAAAAUCAAGACGAAGUGUAAAAAGCCGAUAGCUAAGAGUCUGUUCCGGUCACUGGACUCCUCAGUUUGAUGUGCCCUGUCCCUCCUGUCAACCCUGUCUCUCCCCCCCUAGCUAGCCCCCUGGCCCGGACCAGUUAAACAGCUAAUAUAAUGUGGUAUGAAAAUGGAUGGUUGGAGCUGGCUAAAAACUCCAAAACCAUACAAACAACUGGUAAAUUACCCGAGCUUGUCCAACGUUUGAAUCAAUUACAAAACAUUUUAUAAUACAAUUAAUUUCCGGGCCUGCUUUUUAAUCUAAUUUAGUACCUGAAUUUCGGGUUGCAGAAAAAAUAGAACUCUCCUGUAGGUAAAAGGAACACCCAAACAAACCGGACCAAGACAUUUCUCGCUCCAAGAAAGCCAUAAUUCCACCGUACACGCACACCUCCACUCCACCCUCUUUCCUUUCGUUGUUUUCUACUUCCGUCACCUAUUGUCCCAAACAACGUUCCAAUAUCCCCGGGCAAUUUGAACACCGGAAUCCCGUGUUUCCCGCCUUCUCCACCCGUCUACGAGACUAUUUCAUACAUCAUAUACACUGAAUAUCCGAACGAAUAUCAGUCUGUCUGGAAAAUAAUGGCCGUCUGUCGCAUGGAAAAUGGCAUCGCCAUCGAGAAAAUGAAUUGUGUCGCGGCAAAAUCAAAUUGUUUUUCAGUUCAGCGGCGCGAUCGACGCAGCGACAACGUGCUCAUUAUUUUCCCGACAGCCCUCUGCUUGGCGCAGAAAAUCGUGGGAAUCGCGCGCAACGUAAAGUAAAGACAGAAAACGCACUGUGCAAAACGGUGUAUUUGGAUCAAAAUGCACUGUUUUUGAGGCCUUGCAAUUUGUUGUACGGAGACUCGGCUACAGUGAGAUGUGGAGCAAGAUACAGUAGAAUUACAGCGGGGAUCUGAUCUAGUGGCAAAAAAACGUACAUUUUGCAUCCGGGAAGUAUCAAAAAUGUGGCAAAAUGCUUCCCCCUCCAAGUGAAAAAGCCUCGUCUUGAAAGGCGCGCCCUUUUUCCUCACAAAAAUAGCGGACGCGCUUUUGAAAUCUGAGUUUUUUCACUUAGAGAGAGAGGUACUUUGCCACAUUUUUGAUGCUUCAUGGAUGAAAAAUGUACGUUUUUUGUCGCUGGAUCAGGUCCGCCACUGUAGCCUCUCAACCGUUGCCCAAAUCAACCCUAUCUAUAAGCCCGAGUUAUAAUAUUUUGGUCAAAAUAUACUGCACUUUUCCUACCGUAUUCAACACGUUUUUAUAAGCGACGUCUUUAAGAAACAUCCUCAACAUGUUGAGAGCAUUUCGUAGGAGCAAUCAUCGACUUAUCUCCCCAUAGUAAGCCCUCCUAAAUCCCCGGAUUUCCCUACGAAUUUAUGCGUGAUAUGUAAGUACUGUACUUUGUCAAUUACCCAAGGGAACAUAGUUGGAUAAACGAUGUUCGAACGAAACGUAAGCUGGGAAAGUGACCCGAGUAAACUCCCUUUCAAAAGUUUCCGGCAUAUUUAAUCGGUUGAACUAUGAUUCAACCCACUCAAUUGGACAUUAAUGUGGGUAAACAUGAAAAGAACAGUGGUGGGAGGGACGUAACGGGAAAUAACUGACCGGAAAAAUGAUCUCCGCGCGACGCCUAUCAGUGAGAUUUGGUGUAGAUUCAAAUUAUUUUUUUUCGAAAAGAAAACUUGAGAGAUUCCUAGCCGGAAACGACGAGAUUUUUUGUUGGUUAAAAUGCGGCGAUUUUUUUUGAGAAUUUUGGCUGAAAAUCUUAAUGCAUAUUUCUACCGUAGAGAGAUACGUUUCCACGAAAAAUUAAUUUUUUCCGCCCGAAACUGGCAACGAUAUGAUCAAAAAGUGUUUUUCUACUUGACUGCCCUCCGCGUUUUGCGUACUCUCUCGUCGACGACCGUUCAAAAUCUUCUAGUAAAUUUUGGGAACUCCUAGCUAGCUAAUGUCAAUUAUUGGCUUCUAUGGGGCCGAGCCGGGCCGAAGACAAUCAAAAACGAGCCGGACCCUCUGCUUGUGGCCCAUAAACCCAUAUAUUCACCGAUUAAUCGCCUAAACUAGGUUUGAAAAGCUUCUUGGCGGGCCCACACUUGCGGGCAAACACUUUACCGGCAGCUAAAAGAACCAUGGUGAUUCUGCAGGCAUGUUUGGAAAUCGACCAACUUUUGCUUACAAUACAGGGCGGAUUUGGCAAUUACGUGUUGCAAAUUAAGUUUCCAAGUGUAUAAAUGGCCUGAACAAUUGCCAACAGAUUAACCAGGUAUUUUUAAAGGUUCAGAAGUCAUUUUUUGGAAACAAAGAUACAUAAAUUGAAGGUUUGUGUGCUUAUUAGGACCAAGGAUAUGGCAAUGUAAACUUUCUGUCAUACUACGUAGAUUACGGUAGAAAAAAUUGAAUUCUAAUCGGCCCGCAAAAUGGUUGCCCAAGAGUCGCGGCGCCAGCUUUUGUAUCAGCUCUCAAGAAAUGAUAAGACCAAAAAUGCAAAAAUUUAGAUCUCUGAUCCAAGAACACGACAAAAAAAUUAAAACUGUAGCCUCAAAAAACCAGCAAAGAAACAGCGGAUUACGAAGACCCCUUUGCAUCUUUAAUUGCUCAUUUUGGCGAACAAAAGAGCAGAAAAGAUUGCGAGGGCUCUGACGUCCAGAAACUAAUUCCGUCAAGGUUUCGGGGAUGUCAGUACGUCAAAUUGACGUCCUUAAUCUGUAGGUGUUAGGCUGCUUCAAUUGGUUCGUCAGCGCUUACUCGGAAAAGGUUUUAAAUCCGGGGGGAGUUUGAGGGAAUAGGGAACAUUUUAUUUAACUCUCAAUUUUACAGUAUUCCUACAGUAUAAAAAAUGAUUAACAGAGGAGAUGCUGGGAGUGCGACGCUCAGAUUUUGAAGCAAAUUGGCUUAAAUUCCGGAUAUAUUUUUUUAAUACAUAUGCGGGCCUUCUAGAUCACGCUCUAAACAAAAAAAUAGAGAUGUUUAGGUUACAAGUUGACAAAACUGAAAAAUUUUUUUCAAAUUUUUGGCCUUGCAGUUUUCAUUUUGAAUUGCGGGAUCCUUAUACAAAACUCAAAAUAUUCGUGUUACAGUGACGGACCUGAUCCAGUGGCAACAAACGUACCAUUUUGCAUCCGCGAACUAUCAAAAAUGUGGCAAAAUGCUUCCUUCUACAAGUGAAAAAGCUUUGCUUUGAAGGGCGCGCCCUUUCCCUCACAAAAAGAGCUUUUGAAGUCAAAGUGGGGCUAAGGUAGUACAACCCCCCAGUCCAGUUCAGCCCCCCAUGACCCAGUACAAACUCCCUCAUAAAAUCUGAACCGUCCACUCGGGAUUGGGUUCUCUCGGCUACGAUCAUCGUUGCCUGAACCACAAGAACGAAUUUGGAAGGUAACGGGGGGUUUGAGCUAAAACGCCGGGGGUCAUUUUACUCUAAUUUUCAUUUUUUCGAUUAUUCUAUUUUUUUCAUUAUGGGGGGUGUGAAAUGGGCAAAACAGUAGGGGCUUGAACUAGUAAACAGGUCUAGUAAAUUUUUUGUUCUUUUUGUUCUAAUUAAUACUGUGGCGGACCUGAUCCAGUGGCAAAAAAACGUACCAUUUUGCAUCCAGGAAGCUUCAAAAAAUGUGGCAAAAUACCUCCGAUUCCAAGUAAAAAAACUCCGAUUUCAAAAAAAGCCCGCGACUCUUUUUUGCGAGGAAAAUGGCGCGCUCUUUAAAACGGAGUUUUUAUAGGUGGAAAGGGAAGCAUUUUGCCACAUUUUUGAUACUUCCCAUAUGCAAAAUGGUACGUUUUUUGCCACUGGAUCAGGUCCGCCACUGUAUUGGCAUAAAGUGGUCUUUACAGAAUGACAAAUACUUGAGUGUGGAGACACGUCGUCGCUUAUCAAUGGAGCUCUCCCUAACCGAAGCGCAGGUCAAAACUUGGUUUCAGAAUCGACGGUGAGUUCAUACGAAGGUCUUGAAAUGAAGAGGUAUAUAUGUGCGACGCUCGGAUUUUGAUGAAACUUGAGGGAAAUUCGCAAUUUUCGCAAAAGACACGUAAAUUUUCUCUGCAGAAAAAACCAACUGAAAGCCCGAAUUGACCUUUGGUUGAGGAGCAAUAAGUCUGGCGCAAAGUGACAAUAGCAAGCGUGACUGUCUGGGAAAGUAAACAGUAAUGAUUGGCACUCCAUAAUCCUUAAUUAAUUUCAUUACUCCCUACAUAGCAAAUUGAAAAAAAAAAAAUUGAAAACCUCCCAGACAAAUAAAAUUUGUUAACUUUUUGAGCCCGGAACCGCUACAAAACGCAAUAUUUGCGCCGUUACACGCCGGCUAGGCAAAAUAACAAAAGAGAUAAUUUAAUUGGGCACCCAAAAAAAGCUACAUUCCCCAUAACAAACAUCAGAGGAAUGUGCACUCCGUCAUGUCUGGGAGGCCUCUAUUUUUACGCCCUGCUGCAAUACCUCCCACUGCAUUUCCCUUUAUGGUAUCUUUUUUUAUAAAACAGAUUGAAAAAUGGCGGCCUUUUUAAUUGGGCUUGCCCUUUACGUGGGCCUUAAUUAGUACUACAAUUCUUAAUUUUUUUCUUGUUUCAGCACCAAAUGGAAGAAAGAUAUGACUGUGGCCGUCAAGCAAUGCCUCAAAAUGCAAUUUCUCGCUGGGAUGAAUUUGGAAAAAUAA